GUUACAAACAGACAACUCCUUAUAUGACAGAUUUUUCGUAGAAUUUUAAGUGACACAUUUACUUUUAUAGUAAGUCCCUUAAGUAUAAAUAUGGCUGGGCCCUCUAUUUUACAUCAAAACAAACCGAACAUUGAAGACAUAUAUGUGGAUAGUUUAAAGCAUUAUAAAUUCAAAGCAAAAUGAGUUAUUCAUACGAAGAUGACGUAUCAGCCGUCGUUAUUGACAACGGUUCUGGUAUGUGUAAGGCUGGAUUUGCCGGCGAUGAUGCACCAAGGGCUGUAUUCCCAGCUCUAACAGGACGGCCAAGAUAUGACAUUGUUAUGGCGGGAAUGGGUGGGAAAGAUACAUAUAUUGGCGACGAGGCUCAAAGUAAACGAGGUAUCUUAUCGCUUAGAUAUCCCGUAGAACAUGGCAUUGUUACAAACUGGGACGAUAUGGAGAAAAUAUGGCACCAUACAUUUUAUAAUGAGCUCCGUGUUGCACCAGAAGAACACGCUGUCCUUUUAACAGAAGCUCCGAUGAAUCCUAAGGCAAACAGAGAAAAAAUGACACAGAUUAUGUUUGAAACAUUCAAUGCUCCAGCAUUUUACGUUUCCAUACAAGCUGUUCUAUCUCUGUAUGCCGCCGGACGUACCACUGGUGUUGUAUUUGACUCAGGGGAUGGUGUUUCUCACGUUGUUCCGAUCUAUGAAGGAUAUGCAUUGCCUCAUGCAAUUCAGCGGAUGGAUUUAGCAGGUAGAGAUUUGACAAAAUAUUUAGCACGUAUUCUUCAUGAGCGUGGAUAUAACUUUACAAGUUCUUCUGAGAUGGAAAUAGUUCGCGACAUAAAGGAGAAAAUGUGUUACGCAGCUCUAGAAUUUGAAGCAGAGAUGGAUUCGGCUGCUAGCUCGUCAAUCGCUGAAAAAAGUUAUGAACUUCCAGACGGACAGGUUAUCACUAUAGGAAAUGAGAGAUUCCGAUGUGUUGAAACAUUAUUUCAACCUUCCUUCAUUGGAAUGGAAAACGUCGGUGCUCACGAACUACUUUAUAACUCUGUAAUGAAAUCCGAUAUAGACACAGCAUUUUACGUUUCCAUACAAGCUGUUCUGUCUCUGUAUGCCGCCGGGCGUACCACUGGUGUUGUAUUUGACUCCGGGGAUGGUGUUUCUCACGUUGUUCCGAUCUAUGAAGGGUAUGCAUUGCCUCAUGCAAUUCAGCGGAUGGAUUUAGCAGGUAGAGAUUUGACAAAAUAUUUGGCACGUAUUCUUCAUGAGCGUGGAUAUAACUUUACAAGUUCUUCUGAGAUGGAAAUAGUUCGCGACAUAAAGGAGAAAAUGUGUUACGCAGCUCUAGAAUUUGAAGCAGAGAUGGAUUCGGCUGCUAGCUCGUCAAUCGCUGAAAAAAGUUAUGAACUUCCAGACGGACAGGUUAUUACUAUAGGAAAUGAGAGAUUCCGAUGUGUUGAAACAUUAUUUCAACCUUCCUUCAUUGGAAUGGAAAACGUCGGUGCUCACGAACUACUUUAUAACUCUGUAAUGAAAUCCGAUAUAGACAUACGAAAGGACUUAUUUGCAAAUGUUGUAUUGUCAGGUGGUACAACUAUGUUUCCUGGCAUCGCAGACAGAAUGAAACACGAGCUCGACAAUCUGGUUCCAAGUGCGAUGAAGGUGAAGGUCAUUGCUCCACCAGAGCGGAAAUACUCUGUCUGGAUCGGAGGAUCAAUUCUCUCUUCUUUGUCGACAUUUGGUCAGAUGUGGAUUUCAAAACAAGAGUAUGAUGAAUGUGGACCUGGUAUCGUGCAUAGAAAAUGUUUUUAAGUUUAACUUUAUAUUUCAAAAAUCAUUCAAUUGAGGUGCAAUAAUAUUACUGUUCAUGAGGGAGACGCCCAGAAGCUAAUUCGGGGAUAAUAUUAUGAGAUGAGAAGAACUAUAAUGAUUUAUAACAUGAAAUAUAUUCUCAGCAAAACAGUAUUGCUGUGGCAUUUGGUGUUCAACAAUGAUGUUUUGAUAGCUGUAUCAAUGAUUAACACGAGAAUAUAAUAAAAACCGUUUGAAAUAAUUGUUUCAUGUUUAUUAAGGAUUUGAAAUUUUGUAUCAAUGUUGUAUUUACAUUUAAAUGGUUAAUUUAUGAUUUUCAAGAUGUAACCUAUAAUAUCUUUUGUCACAUAUGCAUUGAAUAUUUUGUUAUUAUAUAUUUUCAUUUUGUACUUUUGUUAUUAAAUAAAGUGUAUAUACUAUCUUACUCUA